AUGCGAUGGUGCUUCGACUUUCCCACUAACGUGAAGCAAAGAGAACAGAGCAUAGAGUGUGUGGAGAGCGAUGAGACGCAGAGUUCGGGACACCACUUCCCUAUAAAUAGUGCUAAUUUUAAUCUGCGCUUACUGCAUAAACUGGGAGAUUACUCUCCCAGCAUUAAACUGCAUAAACUGGGAGACUAUUCUCCCAGCAUAAACAACACUAAAGUGUGGGAGAUUAAUCUCCCAAUGAAACACUUGAUGACAUCACUCGAGACCACAGAUGAUGGCAAUGACGAGAAAAGACAACAGUCUCAAAUCUUUGCGAAAGAUUCUUUGGAUCGUUUCGGAGAUGACUUAUUUGAAAUUUUAUUGUCUUAUAUCUCACAUUUGAAGACCGAUUCCGUUACGAAUGUGUGUCCAAACAGUUCCAGAGGACAGUCUUCGGGAGUGUUGUGGACAUCGAUCUCAAGGAGAGCUUUCUCUAAAAGAAAUUAA